GCAAAACAUAACCUCAAAAAACCUGUAACACAAACAUUUGAACGCUUUGCAACAAGAGCUCAUGGUCUCUCUGUGACUUGGUUCAAAAAUGGUCGAUUCCGAUAUAUUUCGCGUUAAAAUCGAGCUGGGAAAUUUCUUCUCAGAUCACAAAUCGAAGGCAUACGUUAGUGUAAAUCGGCAAUGGAAAAAUGUUCGUCAAUUUCAUCGUCAUAUCGGUGAGAUAUUCGAUGUGAAAAAAUUUGUUUUACUUACCAGCGAUGGUGUUUAUUUGCCGGCUAAAGAACACAUUGGCAUUAUCGAAAGUGGUGAUAUAAUCCAUGUCAUUCCGAAGCAAGAUGAUACCGAAUCGGUUGUAUCUGCUGUAUCCGAUGAAAUGGUCACUUUGACCGAGCAAAACAUUAACAAACAUCUGCAUACAAACGAUGGGGCUACGUUCAAAGCACCAAACAGCGUGUCACCAUCGAUUGAAAUCAUUUCGUCCAGAAAAUCGAAUACACUCACUGCUGGCGAUGACGACAUUGAAUCAGUGGCCACAACGGAUACAAAUGGUACCACCGGAUCGAAGCGUAAGCGGGUGCGUCAUCGCAAGAAGAAGAACAAUGCCGCUGCAAAUGAUGAAAAUCAAAUGAAUUUACCAAACAUUGAAGCACAAAGCGGUGACAUUCCAAAGAGCAACCCAUUUGCCCACUCCAAGCCCAAGCACGAUAAAUCGACACCAAAAAGCAACACACAUGUGAGCGUUCAAUCGGCUGAACCUCAAAACGAGCAGAAGAACGAUGAAAGCGGCGGCAAUCAUCAAUCAAACGAAACGAAUCGCAACGAUAUGAAUUCUUCUGGUAACACUGAUGAAUUUUCGGUGCUUGAAUUUCAACCACCAAAAAUCGAAUACACUCGAUCACAGCUUAUGGAUUUUGAAAACGCGGCGGCCAGUGCUCAACCAUUGCAAUUGAACGAAAGCAUCACGAAACUAUUCAAAAGCAGUUUAAUGCGCAAAAACCACCCAGCAAAUUCUAGUGUUGCGAUUGAUAAGGGUGCGGCUAGUGAAACUGGGCAAAAUUUCAAUGACGAUUUCUGGAGCAAAGCCACAGCAAGCAAUGAAGCCAAGUAUCCCGAACUGAAGACAAACGAUAUAUUCGAUUUUGAUUAUCAAACGGCUCUAGCAAAAGCCGCAACGGAUGACCGUUUCAUGUUACCAUUCAGUGCAAGUUCAAAAGUCGAUCGUUGGCUCAAUUCGGGACAAAAUCCAAGCGAAUACGCACACGCCACACGUCAUGCCGAAGCGGCCGUUCCGCCAGUCGAAAAUCAUGAUUUGAAAACAAACACGCCGAGCAUAAUCAAAGCAGAUGAAACUGCAUCGACGGUGUCCAACCACAGCGCAAUCCGUGCCAAACUUCUUGACAAAACCGCAAAACUCAAGCAAAAUCUGCGCAAAUUGACCAACAACAAUCAAGAAUGAAUGAUCAGUUGAAAUUUGUUUCCGCCUUUUUUCGCAUAUAUAUUUCACAUUUCUUUCACAAGAAUGAAUAAUGAAUUUCUCUUUAUAACUAUUUACAUUUCGAUACAUCAAAUUUAUUCUCAAUAAAGGAAGUUUAUAUACCAGA